UCGGACGUCGCUAAGUUGUCGAGUGAAUGAGAUUGGAAGUAUUUAGGAUUUUCUCGAACGCGAAUCCACAGUAAAUAUUGUACAUGUACAAUAAUAUCACUAGGUCUGAAACUUGAGUAAGCGCACGCACAUUAAAUUUAAAUGUGAUAAUUGGUUUUAAACAGAAAAAUUAAUAAUUACAAUCAAUUGCUCAGAGAGACAAGCCGUAAAAAAUUUCCAAAUAACUCCGGUUUAACUUGCUCGUCUGGGCGUGCUUCAACUCAGCCUUCUAACAAGAGUUUUUUUUUGUGCUGGCAAAAUGUUUCACCAGAACUGAGAAUAAUCGUGUACUGGAAAGUUGAGAGGCUGCCUAUGUAGUUACUUUUAGCCAUUGUAUAUAAAAACAUCGCGAUAUCGUCAGUUCGUAACAAGGGAACGAUCAUGACUAUUAACUUUCUCAGAAAAAUUUAUUGCCAUGUCCAAUACGUUCGAAUCAGAUUGCAUGCUUCAUGAAAUAUAUUGUUUUUCAUCUUAUGGAUUUAGAUUUAAGGCUAAAAAAUGAAUCGAGUUUCUUUUAGAGGGCUCGCGAAAUUGAUUAGGUUAUGCAAAUUAACGUUGAAGUUUGGCGAAGAAUUGUUUUUUUUAGAAUCCCAGUUUUCGCAUCAAGAUGACGGCAGUGGCUAGCGUCAUGUUCACUCUGGUGAGCGGCGAGUUUCUUUCUCUGUGGACCCUGUCGGACUACGAGGCAGACACCGCCAUGAUCUGCGCCAGACAGUGCGCCGCUAGCGACGUCUGUGGGGGCUUCGUGUGGGACGAUAGGGUGAUGCCGUGUUUCCUGGUGGUGGACGAAUCCGUUGCCGGCGCCGUAUUGAGUAGACCUAAGGCAGCCUACCGGCGCGCCCCCCUUAAGGAUGACUUGCACAUUUUCGAGUACCCCCAACUGGUGACAAGAAAUGUCGGCGGUCUGCGUCAGGCGUGUUUGGACAAGGGCAUGGAUCUUCCGCCGCUGCCGCGCUCCCCUCUUGAAAAGGCGAUCUUAGCCAUACGAGUCAGCUUUAUGGCCUUCGUGGAUGUACGUCUGGCGAAUGGCACCUACGUCACUUGGAGCACAGGAGUUGUCGUACCGUCAGCCGACCUCACGUGGGCACCGAACCAUCCGCAAUUGGAUGGGCCCAACCGCGUGUACAUCAAAUUUGGAAGCUCUUUACUGUACGACAUAUCUGACACUACCACGUUUGGAAACAUUGCGCUGUUACCGCUGCUCCUACACAGCGUAGAACAUCCCAUGAUUUGGACGCUCAUCUUGAGACAGAACGAAAGUAAUUUAAGGAAGCAAGUUGUGGUGAAGGAAAUGCAGAAACAGGUCGCUGAUAAGAGAAGAGAAUUAGCAGCAGGACGUUGA